AUGUCCGAAGUUCUCGCGAAAAAGUGUGAAAAUAGUGUGCGUUCUUCGGCAGUGAAUGAGAAUUCCUGGGAAGCCGGGAAGGAAAAUCGUCCGGCCAGCGCAGAUGCUUUUUUGACACCGAAAGGAGCUGGUUCUCGGAAGCGGAGUCAUGAUGGUGCCUCAAAGCAUGUUUCGAAGCGUUGCAUCAUCGAAAGUUACACACAAGAAGUUGUGAUAAACGGGGAGUGUGUAUAUCGUUGUGUGCUGGAAGAUGGGUGCGAUUAUUUGCAGAAGGUGUUCCGGCCAUCCAACUUUGAGCGACACUUCAGGUUGUGUCACCCGAUGGCUUAUGAUCUCCUAAACAUUGGACCGCUUGCUGGGAAAAGUACCAGUCCUAACACUGAACCAGCUAUAACAAUAAGAAUGACGGUGCAGCGGCUACUUGGAGGAAUUGUUAAGAUGGUGACUAUACAUGGACUGCCAUUUGAAGCUACCGAAUGGGAAGGAUUCCAGGAAGUGGUUGGUCCAUUACUGAAGGCUUACAACUUGACCAUUAAUCGUCACAACAUCACAAAAUAUGUGUCGAAAGCAGCUGAAGGCAUCAAUUUUAUGAUCAGCCAAGAGCUAAAGGGAAAAAUGUUUUCGCUCAAACUGGACAUCGUUUCCAAAAUGUACCGAAGCAUGCUUGGAAUCAACUGUCAGUACAUCAACAACAGCGGUGUUGUUGUUAAACGAAAUUUAGGUAUUAUCGAGCUUCACAAUCGACACACGAGUCAAAACCUCAAAGAAGAGUUGAUGAAAGUACUGCGAUGUUUUUCUGUGGACGUGAGACAAAUAAUUACAAUCACGAUAGACAACGCUUCAAACAUGGUAAAACUUGUUAAGCUGCUGUCAGAUGAAAGUGAAAAUGCGUAUGAAUUUUGUGACACGGAAACCGAUGACGUAAACACACUGGAAAUUGAAGAUGAUGAUUUCAAUGCACUGGAUAGCGAUGUACCGGAAAAACCGGCGGUUCUGGAAUGGGUGCGCGCACUGGAGGAUUUUGCUCCAGAUGAAUUUGUAGCCGCUGUGCGCUGUGGAGCACAUACAACGCAGUUAGUGGUCCACGAUGUUUGCAAGGAGGAGGACCAUAAGGAAACACUCAAAGAUAUAAGAAAGAAGGUGAAAAAGUUCAGAUCGACAGAGUACAAAGCUUUCUUUGACGUCAGUGAAGGAGCUUCGUACCCAUCGCUUCCGAAUGAAACCCGUUGGAACUCUGAUUAUAAAAUGCAGUUGACAUUGAACAAGGAAAGGUCAUUCUUUGAGAAACUGGGGGCUCAGUACCCUGAUCUAGAAUAG